AUGCUGCCCGUGCAGGCGCACGUCCCCCGCGGGGGUGUCGCGUCGCCCCAACGCAGAUUGUAUGUCGUUUUGGAGCAGGCGUGUUUGGAGGCCUACAAAAUCUCAGGUGGUACGGGGAAGGGCAGGAAUGGGAAGGGGGAUGGGGAAGCGAAGUAUACGCUUCUGAAUUGUGAUGACCACCAGGGGAUAUUGGCGAAGACGGGGAGGGAUAUCGCGGAUGCGAGGCCGGAUAUCACUCAUCAGUGCCUAUUGACGCUGCUGGAUUCUCCGUUGAAUAAAGCGGGGUUGCUGCAAGUGUACAUACACACUGCGCGAGGUGUCCUCAUCGAGGUGAACCCCCACGUCCGGAUUCCACGGACGUUCAAGCGGUUUAGCGGGUUGAUGGUCCAACUCUUACACAAAUUAUCUAUCCGAGGCGUGAACGGCCCAGAAAAACUGCUCAAAGUCAUCAAAAACCCAAUAAGCGACCACCUCCCACCCAACACCAUCAAGAUCACCCUCUCAGGUGACGCCCCAACACAACGUCUCUCAAAAUACCUCCCAACCCUCCCGACGACGCACAACAUCGCCGUCUUUGUCGGUGCGAUGGCCCGCGGUAAAGACGACUUUGCGGACGCGUAUGUCGAUGAGAAGAUCGGCAUUAGCGAGUACCCGCUUAGUGCUAGCGUUGCGUGUGGCAAGUUUUGCUGCGCGCUGGAAGAACUCUGGGACAUCAUCUAG